GAGCAUCGGAUACGUUCACAAGCUCUUUCAUAGAAACAGAUACACAAGGCUUUAGGUGUGAUUUCGUUUUUUUUUUUUUUUUCCAUCAAAGGAAGAAAUUAAAAAAAAAGAAAAGAAAAGAGAGAGAAAAAGAGUUUGUGGGUUUUACGUAUUAUUGUGAUAUAUGGAGGAGAAGAUGAAUAUGGGUAAUGGAGAAGAUGGGCAUGUGGUGGUGGGUGUCCCGGUUCACAGCCAAGUGAUGAAGAUCAAGCAAGAAUUUGAGAAGAUCAGACACCCUUCUCUCCAACAGCCAGAGAUGAGACGGGUUUUGCUCCGGGAUUUCAACCGGCAACGAUCACGCUCACCGCUUGGAUUGGCCGAGAGACCCAUCUCUGUUGGGAAUUGAAAACCGCCAUGGCUGAUGUUUUUAGGAGAAAGAAUGAACUACUUCUUUGUCUCAUAUCUUUAGGACUCGGGAACUUUUUUUUUUUUUUUUUUUUCUGUUUUAUGUUUCUCAGACGCCAGUUUUUGGUGUUUUGAGGGGUUUUAUAUUCCAGUUGUACAGAUGAUCUUUUGGAAUAGGAUUGGAGAUAACAGUGAAAUACUUUUUUCAAUGAAAUUAUUAUUACUUUUUA